AUGUCCGUGGCUCGGCUACCCACCGAGGGCGCUGAUUCAGGGCCAAAGUGGGCUAAGAUGGAUAUCCCAUUGGCAUUGAGUUUCUCGGACGAGGACAAAAUUGGGACCAUCCAACCACACAAUGACGCUUUAGUGAUCACGUUUAGGAUCGGGGGGUAUGACAUGAAAAGGGUGAUGGUGGACCAGGGCAGUGCAGCCGAGAUCAUAUACCCCGACUUGUACAAGGGGCUGAACUUAAGGCCCGACGACUUGAUAGCCUACGACUCUCCUUUGGUGAGCUUCGAUGGGAAGACUAUCAUCCCAAGGGGUCAAAUCAGACUACCCGUGCAAGCAGGUUCAGAAGUGGUGGAAGUAAACUUCAUCGUGGUGGAUGCUUAUUCCCCCUACACAACCAUUGUAGCCAGAACCUGGCUUCAUGCCCUGGAGGCCGUCUCUUCCACUCUGCACCAAAAGAUGAAAUAUCCGUCGGGGGUUCGCAUUGAAGAAAUCGUGGGAAGCCAAUCUACAGCUAGGCAAUGCCUGGUGGCUGCCAUCUUACAUUAA